AGCUUCACGCAAGUGAUGAGCCUUUCCAGAACGUACCGAUUCUCCUCAGUUUGUCGGUUGUGCUCCUCGACGCAGAGCCGAUCGGCAUCAUCGGAGUGUGUCUCCACGGCUGGCAACCCAAGCAGACCCAACUUCAUGGCGCAUUUCAGGUGCGACGAGGAGCUCUCAUGUUUGGCUGUUCUUUCCGACAGGUGUUUGACGUCUUUGAAUCCAAUGGACGCCCACACGGAGUCCAUGCCGCCGAAGAGAAGACAAGGGAAACAGAAAAGCGCGCGUUUGGCCGUGCUCGCCUUCCACAACCUGCAGGAGUUGAGGCACAGCGCAUCUCUUGCCAACAAAGUCUUCAUCCAAAGAGACUACAGUGAGGGGACAACGUGCAAGUUCCAGAUUAAGUUCCCCACAGAGCUCGAGAGCAGGAUUGAGAGGACUCUCUUUGAGGACACCGUGAAGACGCUCAAUAACUACUACGCAGAGGCGGAAAAGAUUGGAGGCCAGUCUUACAUGGAAGGCUGUCUCGCUUGUGCCACGGCAUAUCUAAUCUUCCUCUGCAUGGAGACACGCUAUGAGAAGGUAUUGAAGAAAAUUGCCAAGUACAUUCAGGAGCAGAAUGAGAAGAUCUACGCCCCACGGGGUCUGCUCAUCACCGAUCCCAUUGAGAGGGGAAUGCGUGUUAUAGAGAUCUCCAUAUACGAAGACAGGGGUUCUAGCGGCUGUAGCUCUGGGAGCAGCUCCGUGUCCAGCAGCACGGCUCGAUGACUGCCUAAAAAAUAACAUCCCCUUGAUAUCACUCAUCAUCACACAACUGUGCCCGUUAAAACCAAAACUGCUCCUGGCUCAUCACUCCCACUUCACUCCCACCAAGGAUCCACAAGAUGUUCCUUAAGAAAGACAUUGUUACUCCUUAUCAAGCUUUGUCAAACACCCACAACAUGCACUUUAGUCAUUUGUUGCAAUGCACCCGACGAACAAAAACAUUUCUUUUUAAAGUCAUGUGUCAUCCGGUGAGUGAGAGGAUGAACGAAAAUGGGAUGAACAUUUUCUAUGUAGCUCUGACGUUAUAGAUAAUGAAGGUAUAAGUACAGCCCAUAUCUCCUGUACAUGAAAGCAUUAUACCACAUUGUGGCUGCGCUGUGGCGUAGUGGUUAGCAUGUUAACCUCGCAGUCAGGAGAUUGGCGACUCAGGCUUCCUCCAACAUUCCAAAAAAUGUGCAUGUUAGGUUAAUUGGAGACUCCAAAUUGUCCAUAUGAGUGUAAAUGCUUGUGUGUUUAUAUGCCUCCUCUGAUAUAUCCCCUUAGCGCACAGACCUCACAGCUAGGAGACCAGGGUUCAAUUCCACCCUCGGGCAUCUCUGUGUGGAGUUUGCAUGUUCUCCCCGUGCAUGCGUGGGUUUUCUCCGGGUACUCCGGUUUCCUCCCACAUUCCAAAAACAUGCUAUGUUAAUUGGUCACUCCAAAAUUGUCCAUAGGUAUGAAUGUGAGUGUGAAUGGUUGUUUGUCUAUAUGUGCCCUGUGAUUGGCUGGCGACCAGUCCGGGGUGUGCCCCGCCUUACGCCCGAAGACAGCUGGGAUAGGCUCCAGCACCCCCCGCGACCCUCGUGAGGAAAAAGCGGUAGAAAAUGAAUGAAUGAAUGAAUGAAUGAUAUACCCCCCGCCCCUGCCUCUCGCCUGAAUUCAGCUUGGAUAGGCGCCAGCUCACCCGUGAUCCUCAUGAGAACAAGCGGUAUAAAAAAUGUAUGUAUGGAUAUCAUAUUGUAGCAGAUGAGUGUCUAUCAUUGUAGGUAAUACAAGUCUUCCAUUUUUCCACUCGGAUGUUACACAAAACCUGAGCGAGAUAAUCUCUUCCGACAUUUGAAUUAUGCAAGCCGUAGCAAAAAAAAAAAAAAAAAAAAAAGAAA